CACAGUCGCAUGUCUUGAACGGGUGACCCAAGAACGCUGGACUUGUUUGUGUUGGCCUGUCCAGUUUUGGACUUUCUUGGUGUAGUGGGUGGUGGUAUAUCUUUUUAUACAUAAGAAGAUGUUUGACCGAAGCGGUGGUCAGUCUUUGACGAUGCGCCAGGCCGGCCAGCAGCAGCGCGAGUAUCAGCAGGAAUCAGGGUCGAGCCGUUCCACCAGUAGCGGCAGCGAUGGAAGGAGCGGCCGACGUGGCCAACCUCAUCAAAUUCGUUCGGCUAGGCAAUCCAGCAGUGCCACCGUUGUGCCAGCCUUCACCAUCCGCUCAGCAUCCCAGGGGCGUGUUCAACCGCCCAAAAGAGUCAACGUCUUCGCCGAACGGCCCAGUCCGUCGUUGGCAUUCCGCCGGAUUUACCAACGCGGCGAUCUGCCCGUCUGCAUCGUUCACGAAAGUCGACUCUACCGACUGGGAUGGAAGGUGGAAUUGGAUACACUAGACUACGAACAUUACCUGCCGCUUUUUCUUGACGGCCUGUGCGAGACUCAGCAUCCGCACGAAUUCCUGGCGCGCAAAGGAGCUGAAGAUCUCAUCACCAGAGCUCCGGAUCGUGUCACUCCGCUCCUGCCCGUCAUCAUCCCACCGCUGAGACGAGCUCUAAACACUCGCAAUCCUCGUGUCAUCUGCUCGACAUUGAAAAUUAUCCAAUUGAUCGCCACCUGUUCCAAAGAGUCUGGCCGUGCAUUCCUACCUUACUACAAAUCUCUGUUGCCCAUUCUCAACUUGUUUAAAUCCGUUAAUCUCAAUCAAGGGGAUGGCAUCGAUUAUUCUCAGCAAAAGAAUUCCAAUCUGGGCGAUCUAAUCCAAGAGACUCUGGAAAUGUUGGAAAAGAGUGGAGGAUCCGCCGCCUUUGUCCUAAUCAAGAACAUGGUUCCCACUUACGAGUCCUGCGUCUGGAAAUGAAUGUGAAUUCACAUUAACAACAUUUUUUUGUUUUUCUCUACAUUUUCGCAACUUUAUCGGAUUUCUCCAGAAAAAUUUUCAAACCCUAAAUCAAUAUGUAUGUAUUGACAGACCAAAGAAAAAUGUAAGCCACGAUCCCGAUUGAGUUAAAAAUAUACAGUUUAAUGGAUACAGGUACUAAGGUAUUAAUCACUAUUUUAGAUCCGUAUGAUGUGUAUAUGUAUAAGUAGCUGUUAAUAUGGUAUGAUCUAGUUACGUAGUAGCUAUAGGAGUAUAUCACUGAGAUAGAAUAACAUU